CGUCCAUCAACAUUUGAGUGCAAACACCUUGUUUACCUAUAGCGCGCAUGCAAACGUGCACCACAUUUGAAUUCAGUUUAUUUGAAUUUUCCUCACAUUUGUCACGAUUUUGCAUCAAGUCAAUCCGUGCACGUGAUUCUUUUGCAAGCACGUUUGCAGGAAGAGGGCGUGCCCAGGCGGGGUUGUUGGCAAAAGAUACAAAUAUGGACGCGCUGCGGAGCGUCUUUUCGUCAGCUCCAGCAGCGUCUCAAGGCAAUAAGAUGGCAUCCAAGCCGAUUAACGUACUCAUCACCGGGACAAACCGGGGCAUUGGCCUGGAAAUGGUGAAGCAAAUGGUGGCGGACAAGGGCCGAGUGAAAACGCUUUUUGCCUGUUGCAGGGACCCAAACGGCCCCAGAGCUGAGGCCUUGCAGGAGUUGGCAAAGAAGCACCCUGACAUCAUCACCAUCGUCACUAUGGAUGUGAAGUGCCUUGAUAGCAUCAAAGAGGCGGCCAAGCUGAUUGGCCCCAAAGUGGGCGAGGACGGCCUCAAUCUCCUGGUCAAUAAUGCCGGGAUCUCUCUGGAAGGGAAUCUUCAGGAAACCACCCCUGAGCAAAUGCGAGAUAGCUUUGAAACCAACGUCAUGGGGCCAAUGAACAUCAUGAGAGAGUUCCUGCCACUUCUCCGGGUGGCGGCGAAGGCCAGCAAGAUUUCAGGAAUGUCCUGUAAUAAGGCGGCCGUGAUUAACAUCUCAACCAUGGAGGCUUCCAUGGACAUCACAAAGUAUUCGUACACAGAAGCGGCUGUUCUGCCAUUCCGUGUCAGCAAGGCAGCUCUGAAUAUGUUGACUGUGUGCGCUUCAGAGGAGUUUAAGAAGGAAAAAAUCCUGUUCACUUUAAUGCAUCCAGGCUGGGUGCGCACGGAUUCGGGUGGGGAAUAUGCAGAGAUUGAUGUCGACAAGAGCGUGAAGGGGAUACUGAAAGUGAUGAGCACCAUGGGUGAAAAACAGUGUGCCUUGCUCCUGGAUUAUCAAGGCAAAACCCAACCUUGGUAGCUUCUUGACAAAAUCCUUGUGAAUUUAAAAACAUCUAAUAAAAAGGUCUGAUUUUCCACU